UUUUACGGAAGGGGCCCCGAAUGCCCCUGGCCCCCUGAAUCCUCUGGGCAGCCCUGGUCCCUGGGCUCCCGGCUACAGGUGCUGGAACUAGGGGUGCUGCUGCUCCCCGCUCCCCUGGCUUGAGGUGGUUUCCAUCCUAGACAGGGUUUUACCUUGUGGUUCAAUGGCUCUCAGCACCGUUUGGCCUUCGCAACGUCCCGGCAAAGAGUUCCAGGGCUGAGGGUGUGGUGUGGAGCAGCGGCGCUUCCUUUGGUUUUAAACCUGCGGCCUGUUCAUUUCAUCAGGUAUGUUGGAGAACCAGAGAACUCCACUGAACAGAGCUGCUGAGGACACUGUCUUCUCCUGGUCACCAUGUCCCCUGAGACCGCUGCAGGGGACUCUAGCGGUGCCCUGACAGACCCAGAUGAGCCUGGAGCGUGUUACACACUGGCCUGAAUCCCCAAGAAAGCUGCUAUGGCAGAGCGGGACCGAGAGGCCCCCCAGAGAUGCUGCUCCUACCACACGGUGCAGAGGAGGCUCCCUGUCCUCAGGUGGCUGCCCCACUAUUCUCUGGGGUGGCUGCAGCUCGAUCUCAUCGCUGGCGUGACCGUGGGCCUGACUGUCGUGCCGCAAGCGCUGGCCUAUGCCGAGGUGGCCGGCCUGCCAGUUCAGUACGGUCUCUAUUCCUCCUUCAUGGGCUGCUUUGUCUACUGCCUGCUGGGGACCUCAAAAGAUGUGACGCUGGGUCCAACGGCCAUUAUGUCGCUGCUGGUCUCUUCCUAUGCGUUCCAUGACCCUGCCUAUGCCAUCCUGCUGACCUUCCUGUCAGGCUGUAUCCAGCUAGCCAUGGGUCUCCUGCACCUCGGUUUCCUACUGGACUUCGUUUCCUGCCCCGUCAUUAAAGGGUUUACCUCGGCGGCUUCGGUCACCAUUAGCUUCAACCAGGUCAAGAACAUCCUGGGGCUGCACAACAUUCCACGACAGUUUUUCCUGCAGGUGUAUCACACCUUCCAAAGAAUCGGGGAGACCAGGGCCGGGGAUGCUCUCUUGGGGCUGGUCUGCCUGGCAAUGCUUGUGGGGCUCAGGGCGAUGAAAGGCCACGUCCCCAGGAUCCAUCAGGUGGAGCUGUUGUCCGUCAGGAUCAGUCGUCUUAUCCUCUGGGCCACAGCAACAGCUCGCAAUGCACUCGUGGUCCUGUUUGCGGGCCUGGUCGCUUACUCCUUCCAGGUGAUGGGCUCCCAGCCGUUCACCCUCACUGGGGAGACGCCCCAGGGGCUCCCUCCCUUCCAACUGCCGCCGUUCUCCAAGGUCGAAGCCAACAGCACUGUGCCCUUCAGCGAGAUGGUGCAGGACCUGGGAGCUGGACUGGCUGUGGUGCCGCUCAUGGGUCUGCUGGAGACCGUCGCUAUUGCCAAGGCCUUCGCCUCGCAGAACAAUUACAGAAUCGACCCCAAUCAGGAGCUGCUGGCGAUGGGCCUCACCAACCUCCUGGGCUCCUUCGUCUCCUCCUACCCCGUCACCGGCAGCUUUGGGCGGACGGCGGUGAAUGCACAGACAGGCGUGUGCACCCCGGCAGGGGGGCUGAUAACAGGGACCCUGGUCCUGCUCUCUCUGGCCUACCUGACCUCGCUCUUCUAUUACGUUCCCAAAGCCGCUCUGGCUGCUGUCAUCAUUUGCGCCGUGGCCCCUAUGUUUGACGCCAGGAUCUUCAGAACACUGUGGCGGGUUAAACGGCUGGACCUUGUGCCGCUGUGUGUGACGUUCCUGCUCUGCUUCUGGGAGGUUCAGUACGGCAUCGUCGCCGGCAUUCUGGUCUCCGGCGUUCUCCUGAUCUACCCCAUUGCCAGGCCCCGGAUCAAGCUUUCAGAGCAGGAGGUGCUUCUCAUGCAGCCUGCGAGUGGUCUGCACUUCCCCGCUGUUGAGUCCCUCGGAGAUGCCAUGCACAGAUGGGCUCUGGCAGUGUCUCCGCCACGCUGUGUCGUCCUGGACUGCACCCACGUCAGCAGCAUGGAUUAUACCGCGGUGAUGGGGUUGGCAGACCUGCUGCAGGAGUUCAAGAAAAGGGGCGUCACCCUGACCUUCUCUGACUUGCAGGGCCACGUUCUCCAAGUCUUGCUGUCUGCAGAUCUGGAGGGAUUCCAACAUUUCUCCAGCAUAGAGGAGGCGGAGAAGGGCCAUGGAGCAGAGCUGGAUGGCAGGCGCCGAGUCCUGCUUCACAGCGCCAGCGAGAACAUGCUGCCAGCAUCAGGGCUCAUCCAGUGAGGAUGGGCAGCCCGCCCAGGUGCCGGAGGGUCUCCUCGCUUGAGACUGGCACCUCCUGGAUGCUCUGGAGAAUGGACACGUGCCACCCCCUCACCCCUGCCCUGGGUAGUUCCUAGUGCACUUUAAGGCAAUACAACCGUGGCUAUGCUAUCUGGUGAGGGGACAAAACCAGGUCUCGCCCCUUUGGGCCUGUUUCUCCAUUGCUGUGUCCCGGGGAGCACUGAGCCAUCUGACGUUGUGGGAGCCGGUUGCUAGCUGGUGGUGGGAAGCGCAGUGUUUCCGGGGGAUAGCACUGCCCCCACAGGGGAAGGGGACAUUGCCUUCCAGGGCCCCUUGUACUCCCCUUGGUUUGUUUCCACUGAAUCGCCCUGGCUUUUGGGGAAGGUGGUGGUGGCAGCGGGAUUGGGUGGAGGGUGUCUGAACAUCAGGGGACAAUCGGAGCAGGGACGGGGAGUGGAGAACCCAGCCAAGCCUCCGACGCUCUGUGCAGGCUGCCUGGGGAGUACGGGCAUUACGGAUGCUGGGCCAGAUUGAGACCUGUCGAGUCCGGCUGGGCUCUCUGGCCAGAGCUGAGCUCGGGAGCUUAGUGAGGGCUCUAGCACUUUAGUGACAUUAUGAACAAGGGAAUGAUAGUCCAGAAAGGGAAUUAUGGGAGCGACGUGGUCUGCAAAGGGGUGGAGGGAGCGCAGCAGCGUCUGGGUGGGAGAUCUGGGCUUUGGAGGAGGUGCUUGGGGCGGGGGCACCAUGACUCAGAUGCCUCAGUUUAAAGGUGGCUUUUAGCUGUCACCAGCAAUAGGAAACAAACUGCCCCCUCCCCACCCCCAUGCACUGCACCCUCUGCAGUGCUCAUCACCCCACCUGCCUGAUAUCACACCCCCACACCACCCUGGUUCCAGACACAACUCCGCACAUUCCUGAGUCCACAGGCAUUGCACACUGGAUCGCCCCAAGGUCCGUCCAGACGAGCAUCCCCGUCUCAAGCAGCGGCCAGUACCAGAUGCUUCAGAGGCAGGUGUGAGAAAUCCUGCAGGAGGAGGAUGUGGGAUAAUCUGCCCCCCUUUGAAAAUCUCCUGACUCCUGAUGGAGGUUGGCUGGUGGAGGUUCUCUUCCCAAACUCUGCUUUUAGUAUUUAUCAUUACAACCCUGCAUCUUGUUAUUCACAUAAAUGUCCAACGCCCCUUUGACUUCUAGCCUUUCCCUCUUAAUGCAGCGUUUCAAGGAUACAGUAGCUGUCCUCUGUGACCAAGGACAUGUCUCGCCCACCAGCGUUGGGGCUGAGCUGGGACGCUGCUGUGCUGCACUAGCGCAGCUUUGAAGCUGCUCCUAAUGCUUCAGAAUCUGAUUUCCUUUGAAAAGAAGCAAGCCUCUAGCUGCUACGGUUGGGGGAAAACCUCACAAAUGUGAAAUUAGUGCAGAGAGCCUGAAACACUAGCUCGGAGAGGGGAACUGCUCUGCUCAGCUGGGAGGGGCCAGUGAGGCUAAUUGAAAUGUCACCAUUGUUAACUAUUCCAGUCCCCGUGUAAGGAAGGAGGUGGAGGGGCACCGCUCUGCACAAUGCUCUGGGGGUGAAUUGUGGUGCAUUGGGGAGAGUCGGCCACUUCUUAUUAUUCUUCCCCAGUCCAGAACGAGCCGAGCCCAAGGAGCCUCUGGGCACGUGCAAGCCGGAGGAGCCCAGCUGACAUUUAAAUGUUCACACAAUCUGCUGCUUUCCCAGCCUGCAGCCAGCCCAAGUGCUGCUGACUCAGGUCUGAAGGACAAUGGAGCUAUGGGGGAGGGGAGGGAUGGGAUGGCUUUAGUUUUGCAGAGCUGAACUUGCUUCCUCCGGCCCGGGUCCUGAUUGGGUGCAGCUGCCCCCAUGAAAUACACAUUAUGCAAUGAAAACAGUUACACCCUGGCUGGGUGCACAAUCCUCCUUCCCUCUCAGCUGAACUCCCCCCCCCCGCCCCAGUCCCUGCCAUGCCCCUCUCCUCCCCAUUUCAAAAGAAAAGUCAUUAAGCCAGGGAUAAGUCUAGCGCUCUACUCCAGUAUCCAUCAAGGUCUGUACCAGCUAUGGGCAGAUCUAUUCCUGUGCCAGACUUGGCUACAGUCUCAGGGGCACUGACCUCUCGGCCUCUGGCUACCGUAGAGUGUGGCUGGAGAGGAGGCAGCUGGACUAUUUUGCUGCUGUGCAGUUCAAAGCUUUUGUUACACACUGACCUGAUUCCCCCCUACCUGGCACCCGGUGCUGUCACUGGCACUUGUGCAAAGCAGGUGUGCGAUGCCACCGAAUCAGAAUUCUCCACUCAGACCAGCAGUUGCAUGUGCUGUGCCAUGGAUCAGGUGUAAAUUACAACACUCAGCAGUGGGGAGUCAGGCACUGUCAGCAGAGGAUGAAACCUUUCUGAACUAGCAUCUGCUCUGCUCUGCGUUUCCAAGGGGAACGCUCUGUACCAUGAACAGUAAAACUGUGCGAUUAC